AGAAGUUGUUACAAUCAAUAAGUCUCUUAUUAAAUACCUUUUAAAAAAAAGAAAGUCAAAGAACACCUAAAUGGAAAAGGCAGCCAUAUAUGGUUGGAUAGUUUGUGAUAUAAAGUAGCUCAACUUAUCCAACUGUCAAUUUACACCGCCAUCUCAGCAACCCACAGAAGUCAUCAUAAAACACCAAGCAACGUUUGUAAAGUUAGAUCACCAACUCUUAACCAUCAAAGUCAAAUCCACCCCUCCAUAUAUAAACCCCACUCCAUUUUAUGCGGAUUAUCAUCAUAUCCCACUAUCUACUAGCUAGCUUCUGAAACGUUAUUAUUGAGGAUGAGAAAAAUGGGGUGUUUUUGGGGCGUUUUUGGCGUGGCUGUGAUUGUGGUUUGUGGGUUAGGUGUGGAAAGUGAAGCUCAGAACCAGAAGUGCAUAAACAAGCUGAUGCCUUGCAUGCAGUAUCUGAAUGGGAGCCGAGACCCGCCGAGUAGCUGCUGUGACCCGUUGAAGGAUGUGAUAAAGAACAUGCCGGAGUGCCUGUGUGAAAUGGUCAGUGUUCGUGGCAGCAAUGAAGCUCAGAAGGCUGGGAUUGAUAUCAACCAGGCUCAGAUGUUGCCGGCUAGAUGUGGCCAGCGUGUUAACUACAUUGGAUGUGUUCAAGGUUCUGAAUCGAAUGCUGGCAGCCGUUCCUUCCAGUUUGCAAGUGUGAUAACUGCAGCUUCUUCAUUGAUUAUAUUAGCUGAAAUUUUGUGGGCUUCAUAUUUUGCUGAUCUCUGGCAAACUAUCUCAUGAUCUAUGCUCAUAUGUACACAUUGUAUUCCAAUUAUUACACUUUGUUAUUUUUUAUAGAAUUAUGAGGCUUUUCUUUUA